AUAUAUAAAUCUUGCAACUUGUCCCAAGUUUAAUUCCUAAAGCCCAAGUCAUAUUCCUGUUUUUAUUACACCAACUUAUAUUUAUUAUUCAAACACCUAUUCAUACAAAAUUCUUAUACCAAUGUACUAUUACGACGAUAUAGUAGUUGGGCCAUCUACUCAGAUACCCACGAUUGAACAAAAUAUAGAUUAUUUGGCAUACGUGCCUCAAGAAAAUACCACACAUUAUUUACAUGACAAUACCAACUUAAUAAAGUUCAUAAAAUAUAUGAACAACAACAGAGAAUAUAAAGUUGAUAACAUGUUCUUGUACGAAAGAUUAUCCAACAUUUGUUGGAGAAGAUUAUACAAGAAUUUCCAAAAGUUACCUGAAAUUAAUCCCUUUAUGAUUAACUGGGAUAAGAAUUCAGAUGUAACUUGGUUAUUUGGACCAAAGAUUGAAUCAGAUGAUGAAGAAAAGCAAGAGCACGGACAAGAACAAAACAUUACAUUAUACUCAUGUGAAGACAAUAUGUCUGUUUCUUCUUUUAUGUCUGACACUUCAGUUGAAUCUUGUUACAGUGAUGAAGAAAUACUACGUAAGAAUUCCACCGUUUCCACAAGUUCUUCCUACUACGAUGAAGAAGAAGAUAAAGAUUAUAACUGGAACUUGAAGCCUAUCUUGAAGAAGACAAGUUCAGAAUCUUUAUUGGACAACAAUGUUAAUCAAAAGAAGAAAGUUUCAUUCAACUAUAUUGUCAACACUAGAGAAAUCAUCAACGGUAUCUCUGUUGAUUAUGAUUUCUUGGAUCAUGAUUGUUUGUGAUUACUUUGCAUAUUUUACUUCAUCUACAACAAAGGACAUUAGCACCUGGACACAGUUUUUUUUAUAGCUGGUUUAUAAAAAUUGUAACUGUGGAAGGGCCUAUCAUUGCAUAUUACUAGACUAAAUCAAAAAGUUAAUUAGGUUUCUGGCACUUCGUUUUUACUAAAAAGGAACGUUUUACUUCUAUUGCGGUCAUGGUCAUUUUAAACAUUUUAUACAAAAAGGGUCAAUUUUAUAGUUUUAUUCUAUACAAUCAUAUACAAUUACAUAGAUUAAAAAGGUUUAUUAUUCAUUUAUUAUCACACUAAUUGUAGACAUUACAAAUAAAAUGAAUGUGACAAUUUUGAAUGCAUCUACAUGGCCCUUCAUUAACUUACGAGGUUUUAACGUAUAUGCUUGAUUUUUUUUUUUUGUCACCUUGCCCCCAUUUAG